AUGGCCUCCAGCCAACUGCGCCCAUACAAUCUCAGGAAGGCUGUCCGACCAUCCACGCGGUUGACUGGACAGGACUGGCAGACGGCACAUAAGAGGCGACGUGCUCUUGCCGAAAGCUCAGCAAACACUAGAAGAAGGAAGGUGAUGACGCAACCAGAUGAAUUAACUCCAGGGAGAAAUAUGCUGCCGAUCUCAAACUUCCUUGAAGCCAUGCGCCUUCUUAUCGACAAUGAACAGGAAAAGUACAUUAUCAAAACUUCCAAUCAAUCUAAAUCGACCCGAUCGGGCCUCAGUUCACAACACUCAGGAAUCAACCCGUAA